UUUCUCACUGCACUCUCUAUGUUCUGUAUUAAAAGUGAUAGAGGCACUUCUUACAUCCCAAAACUGAAGCCGCUGCAGUAGAAGCUUCCCUUCUCUCUCAAAGAAAUUCUAUAAAUUCUUGAAGGCCCAGCUUUCUCUCACUGUCUCUCAGAAAAGAAACAAUCUUGAUGGGGUUUCCAGUUGGGUAUUCAGAGGUUUUCUUACCAAAGUUGUUUGUACACACACUUUCCUUUCUGGGUUUUAUCAGAAACCUCAUUUCGUGUCUUUUCAACUAUCUGGGGUUGUCAGGUUUUCUUGAAACAGACAAUAUUUGGCCCGACAACCCGAUCCGAAUGUCCUGCUACCCGCCUCUAUCAGCUGCCCUUAUCCGGGAAAUCUUGCCUGUCAUCAAGUUCGAGGAUUUGGUUACUGGGGAUGGUGGUUGUUGUGACUUGCCGGAGAGUUGUGCUGUUUGUUUGUAUGAGUUUGAGGGAGAGGAUGAGAUCAGGUGGUUGAAGAAUUGUAAGCACAUUUUUCACAGGGCUUGUUUGGACCGUUGGAUGGAUCAUGAUAGGAAUACGUGUCCACUUUGCAGGAACUCGUUUGUGCCUGAUGAGAUGCAGGAAGAGUUUAAUCAACGGUUAUGGGCUGCAAAUAAUGAUGUUAGUGAUUUUUACUGUGAGUAGAGUUCAUUUUCAGUUUUCCUGAGAGCUUGGUUUUUUUUUUUUUUUCAUUUUUAAUUGUGGUUGUAUCAUUUGUACAUAUACAUGGAAAUUUGCAAUUCAGCCAAAUAUAAGGUUUUUUUUCUUACU